CGCCUCCUCCGCGGCUUCCGGAGCGGCUCCUGCACGCCAGACGCGGCCAAAUCAUGGACCGCAACCCUUCGCCGCCGCCGCCGAGUCGGGAUGAGGAGCGGGACGGGGAGGUGGCCGGGGGAGACUGCAUAGGAAGCACGGUCUACAGCAAGCACUGGCUCCUCGGCGUCCUCAGCUGGCUCGUUCAGAUUGUUAGUCCUGAAAAUACCACGUCCAGCUCAGAUGAUGAGGAGCAGCAGAUGGAGCUUGAUGAAGAAAAGGAGAAUGAAAUUUGCAGAGUAUGGGAUAUGUCAAUGGAUGAGGAUGUGGCUUUAUUUCUCCAAGAAUUUAAUGCUCCUGAUAUAUUUAUGGGAGUACUGGCCAAAUCCAAGUGUCCUCGAUUGAGAGAAAUCUGUGUGGGAAUUUUGGGUAAUAUGGCCUGUUUCCAGGAGAUAUGUGUGUCCAUCAGCAGUCAUAAAAAUCUUGGGCAGAUGUUAUUGCACUGUUUGUAUGAUUCAGACCCACCUACUCUGCUGGAAACAAGCAGGUUGUUGCUUACUUGCCUUUCCCAGACAGAAGUGGCCAGUGUCUGGGUUGAAAGGAUCCGGGAACAUCCAGGUAUUUAUGAUAACAUUUGCUUCAUCAUGUCAAGUUCAACUAAUGCUGACUUGCUGGUGAAGGUGGGAGAGGUUGUGGACAAGCUCUUUGAUUUGGAUGAGAAACUAAUGUUGGAAUGGAUUAGAAAUGGGGCUGCCCAGGCUGUGGACCAACCCCACGAAGAUUCUGAAGAGCAGCCAGUGUUUAGGAUUGUGCCUUGUGUACUUGAAGCUGUCAAACAAGUAUGUUCUGAAAAUCCAGAAGGGCUUGAUGUUUAUGUGCAUAUCUUACAGCUGCUUACCACAGUGGAUGAUGGAAUUCAAGCAAUUGUACAGGGUCCUGACACUGGAAAAGACACUUGGAAUUUUCUUUUUGACCUGGUCUGUCAUAUACUCUGCCAGUCUGAUGAUCCACCCAUCAUACUUCAAGAACAGAAGACAGUGCUAGCCUCUGUUUUUUCCGUGUUGUCUGCGAUCUAUGCUUCUCGGGCUGAACAAGAGUAUCUAAAAGUAGAAAAAGUAGAUCUUCCUCUAAUUGACAGCCUAAUUCGGGUCUUACAAAAUAUGGAACAUUGUCAGAAGAAAACAGAGAACUCAGCAGAGUCUAACACAGAAGAGACUGAAAAGUCUGAUUUAACCCAAGAUGACUUCCACUUGAAAAUCUUAAAGGAUAUUUCAUGUGAAUUUCUUUCUAAUAUUUUUCAGGCAUUAACAAAGGUAGGAAAGAAGUAUUAUUGGUUUCUUCAGCAAAAGAGAGUAUGGAUUGUAUAAUGCUCCAAACUUUAC